AUGAUUUGUUACGAAGAGGAAUUUAUACCUACUACCGUAGAGGAGACUCAGAUGGGUUUGAUAUCGUCAUCAACCUCAGCUCCGGGUCCAGCGAAAAGAGGCAGGAAGAGGAAAUACCCGUUGGAGGAGGGAUCCACGUCCAGGAGGAAGUACGCUCUCACUGAGGAGGAACGUCUUCUUGUGAACGCCAGAGAGAAGCAGAGGACAAAAAUCACCAACGAGGCCUUCGAAAAUUUAAAGAGGGUCAUUCCUUCUCUGUCUUCGGAUAAGUUGACCAAGAACAAAACGUUAUAUCUUGCCAUCAAGUAUAUAGAUUUCCUGAUGAAGAUGCUCAAGGAAUCGCCAUCGCAGGAUGAAGGCGAAUCUACUAACCUCAGCGUGCAGGAACUGAGGAAGGCCUUCGCCGUGUGGAGGAUCGAGGAGCAGGAGGAGAAUGCUGACGAUAUGGAGGAAAGUAUUGACACUAAAGAUGUGACCAGCCAACCGGAAGCCCAUCAAAACUACUACCAACAACAGUUUAUGUAA